UGUAGAAGCAGCAUUUCGCUUCUGCAGAGUUGAGUUUUCUCUCUCUAGAAUCGCGCGUGAGCUCUCUCGGGUGGGCAAAGGGAUAAGCUACUGUAACUCGUAAGAGAAAAAAUGACGAUAACCCCAAAGAUAUGCGUCCAGAACGACAACUUGGUGGUAGAAGGGAAGACGAUCCUAACCAAAGUUCCCGACAACAUUAUCGUCACGCCGGGAACCGCCGGUGCCGGUCGUGUCGCCGGUGCCUUCAUCGGCGCAACAUCUGAUCACAACAAGUCUCUUCAUGUCUUCCCCAUCGGUGUAUUGGAGGGGCUUCGGUUGAUGUGCUGUUUCCGAUUCAAGCUAUGGUGGAUGACUCAGAGAAUGGGAACAUGUGGGAAAGAUGUACCUUUGGAGACCCAAUUCAUGCUUGUUGAGAGCAAGGACGAGGUUGACGACGAUUCUCCCACCAUCUACACUGUUUUCCUACCUCUCCUCGAAGGCCAGUUCCGAUCUGUUCUGCAAGGCAAUGCUAAAAAUGAGAUUGAGAUUUGUCUCGAGAGCGGAGACAAGGCGGUUGAAACCACACAGGGAACUCACCUUGUCUAUGUUCAUGCUGGAACCAAUCCCUUCGAAGUUAUUAGACAAGCCGUAAAAGCUGUAGAGAAACACAUGCAAACGUUCCAUCACCGCGAGAAGAAGAAGCUGCCUUCUUUCCUCAACUGGUUCGGGUGGUGCACGUGGGACGCUUUCUACACAGACGUGACUGCUGAAGGUGUUGAGGAAGGCCUUAAAAGUCUUUCUGAAGGAGGCACUCCACCAAAAUUUUUGAUCAUAGAUGAUGGUUGGCAACAAAUAGAAAGUAAAGACAAAGAUGCCGACUCUGUUGUUCAGGAAGGCGCACAGUUUGCUAGCAGACUGGCUGGUAUCAAGGAAAACAAAAAAUUUCAAAAGAACAACCAGAACAAUGAACAAAUAUCAGGGCUAAAGAGCGUUGUUGACGAUGCAAAGCAACGCCAGGAUGUGAAGUUUGUUUAUGUAUGGCAUGCUUUAGCCGGUUACUGGGGCGGAGUUAAUCCCGUUGCCACCGGAAUGGAACACUACGACAGCGCAUUAGCAUACCCGGUUCAGUCCCCAGGUGUAUUGGGGAACCAACCGGAUAUAGUAAUGGACAGCCUCACUGUUCAUGGUCUGGGUCUUGUCCACCCAAAGAAAGUUUUGAACUUUUACAAUGAGCUUCACUCGUACCUGGCUUCAUGUGGUGUAGACGGAGUGAAAGUUGAUGUGCAGAAUAUCAUUGAGACCCUCGGUGCCGGUCAUGGUGGGCGAGUCUCUCUUACACGCAGCUACCACCAGGCUCUUGAGGCCUCCGUUGCUAGAAACUUCCCGGAUAAUGGAUGCAUAGCUUGCAUGUGUCAUAACACAGAUGGGAUAUACAGUGCGAAACAGACUGCCGUCGUUAGGGCAUCUGAUGACUUCUACCCGAGAGAUCCUGCUUCUCACACCAUCCACAUUUCUUCAGUUGCAUACAACACCCUCUUCCUGGGUGAAUUCAUGCAGCCUGAUUGGGACAUGUUCCAAAGCCUACAUCCAGCUGCAGAGUACCAUGCUGCGGCACGUGCUGUGGGUGGAUGUGCGAUCUAUGUCAGUGACAAACCGGGCAACCACAACUUUGAACUAUUACGGAAGUUGGUCCUCCCCGACGGUUCAGUUCUUCCUGCCCAGCUUCCUGGCAGGCCAACCCGUGACUGCCUCUUUGCCGAUCCAGCCAGAGAUGGCAUCAGCUUACUCAAAAUUUGGAACCUGAACAAGUGCUCUGGCAUGGUCGGGGUAUUCAACUGCCAAGGCGCUGGUUGGUGCAAGGAAACGAAAAAAAACCGCAUUCACAAUGCUUCUCCUGGCACCCUCACUGGUUCAGUCUGUGCUGAUGAUGUCGAUCUCAUGGCUCAAGUUGCUGGUGCAGAAUGGAAUGGAGAUACAGUCGUCUAUGCCUUCAGAUCAGGGGAGGUGAUAAGACUACCAAAAGGCGCUUCGAUCCCGCUCACCCUCAAAGUGCUUGAAUAUGAACUCUUCCACUUCUCUCCGAUGAAGGAAAUCACCCCAACCAUCGCAUUUGCACCAAUCGGUCUGCUUGACAUGUUCAAUGCCAGUGGUGCCCUGGACGCCAUUGAAAUCAACAUGGUUACCGACAAGAAACCCGAAUUCUUCGACGGAGAGGUCUCCUCAGAAACGAACCCUCCUGCCCUCAGCGACAACCGUUCCCCAACUGCUGUGGUCUCACUCAAGGCUAGGGGUUGUGGCCGGUUUGGAGCCUAUUCUUCUCAACGUCCAAUCAAAUGCAGCAUCGAUAACGCGGAGACAGACUUCAAUUAUGACACUGUCUCUGGAGUGGUGACAUUCAAUCUCCCUGUCCCCAAGGAAGAGAUGUACAGAUGGCCUGUAGAGAUUCAAGUCUAAGAAACAACAUUCAAACAUUCACCAUUUGUAUUCAUCAGAUCAUUCAUCAUCAUCAGGAAAUAAGAAAUGCUUGUAGUAGUAGAAGUAGUAAUGGCGGUAGACCUGGUGGUGGUGUAUUGCAUAUGUAAUGUCCCACAAGUGGAAUCAUCUUCAUUUCGCAUU